GGGGCUAGUGCUUUCGUAUCAGCCUUCUGAUUGCGGAGAAACGUUCACGAGACAAAACUCCGUCAUAGAAGACACCAGUACAAUCCAAACACUCCUCAACACGUUGCCCAGUCCAGUAUUCACGUUGCCUGAAAGCUUUAAUUUGAUACAAUAAUUGAACACGAUUACCAGGCCCGCAAAGAAGAUACAGAUGCGCGCUUCUGCCGCAUCUUGAAUUCGGAAUCAUGGAGCUCGUACAAGAAUAUGCUUCCCAGGCUCUCCAUAUCUACAACACGGCUGACCCCUACCUGCGACCCAUCCGGCGCUUCAUUUUCCAAACCCAGCGCCAAAUCUACCCCAUCCUCCUGCCCUACCUCAACACGGCCGCCAACUUAGCCCACAAGUCUCCUGCGAUCAUCACUGUUGGCAUCCUCCUACUGUUUCUUCUAAUAGCCAUGCAAGUCCUGAACUUCAUUAGGAGGGUGAUGGUAUGGUGGUUUAAAGUUAUGAUGAGGAUAGUGUUUUGGACGGUGGUGGUGCUGCUGAUAAGUGCGAUCUGGCAAAGGGGAGUGGAGAGGACUGUGGGAGAUUUGGUCGGAUGGGGCCAGGAGUUGAGUGAUGUUUGGUGGAGAGAGUAUAGGAGGUGGGAGGGAUAUCAGAACCAAGGAAGUUCUCAAGGACGGAAUCCGGGGCCGAUGAUAGGGAGGACGAACGCGAGGGCUAGUUGGCGAUGACGGCCUUGUGAGAGUGGUCAACAGAAGGGAGCGUUUUGGAGAAUCUUGCAUAGGUAUGGGGUGGUUUAUUCUAGGCGUUUACGGCAAGGGAGGACAUCUUAAACUCACUCACGGUCAUGGCUCG